AUGUGUGAAAGAAAGCCAGAAUUAGAUGAGAUAGUAUUUCCUUGGAAAUGGAGGCACUGGCCAGAGAUGCAUGUAUAUUGGAACUAUGAGAUGGAAGCAGAAAUCCUGGAUAUAAUCAAUGGGAAAGCAUAUCAAUACACUUUGCGGUUAAAUGUUGACUCAACUCAUGAUAGAGCUAGACAGGACUACUAUGGAAGCACUGUAAAUAUAGAAGGAAAGCAACCAACACAAUCAGUGAUAGGAGACUAUAAAUAUGCACUCAUAUACGAUUUAUUCAAUGAUGCGGAAUACGAUCAUCAGGAAUGCAAUGCGACUCGAUUCGAUGAGAGCAUGAACACCAUUCGCAACAUCAUCGAUGAGAUAUAUUUCCCAAGAGAUGAUAGUUAUUCAAUAUCAUUUGGAAUUUAAUGUCUUGAAACUGGACAAAAAUCUCACUAUGGAUUUAGAUCAUUAGCCUCAGACGAUAAGAUCUGGUAUGUCUUUUUCGAUGCUGAAACCAAGCUCCCUGAGCUAGCUUUCUCGAGUACACAAGACUAAGACACGAGUGUUCAUAUCAAAAAAGGUAAAUACAAGCCGAGAAAAUAUCCUUACAAGUCUGAUAUUUUCUUCCCAUAAGUAUGCAAAGAGACGAAGAAUAUAUUUACACAGGAGGGGCCAAUCAUACCCUUAGCUGACUUUACCUUUUUAAUGUGA